UACAAUAUCGGAAUCAAAUGAAGAAUUUGAAGUACUUAAAGUAAGAAGACGAGCUACUAAUGUGACUGAAUAUUUUGAACCAGUUGAAGCAACAACACAAACCACUAAUGGAAACUACCGAUUCUUUUUUCUGGUUGUUUGCAAUGUCCUCCAUCUCUCCAAAGACUGAUGCAUCAAAAGCUCGUCGGUGGAGAUAUCAUGUGUACUUGAGUUUCAGGGGGAAGGGGAAAUUUGCAUCCCUUCUCUGCGAGAUGAAAGAAUUAAAACCUUCAUGGAUGAUCGAGAUACAAGUGGAAAUGCUAGUUAUUCCACUCUCAAAACUACAAUGGAGGAUUCAUGGUUUGCAAUCGUUGUUCUCUCGGGAAUGUAUGCUGAUUCUACUCGGUCUUUGGACAAACUUGCAAUGAUCUGUGAGUGCAUGAAUACCGGCCAGGACAGAAUAUUUCCAGUUUUUUAUCAAGUCGACCCUACUGAUGUAAAAUAUCAGAUGGGAGGUUUUGAAGAAGCUUUCACUAAGCAUGAGAACUCUGGCCUAUACGGAUCAGAUAAGCUGAAUCAGUGGAGGGAUGCUUUAAGAUUAGUGGGCACUUUGCCUUUGUCUCAAUGGCAAUACAACAAGGGAUUUAGUCUCUCUGUCCAAGGCAUUGUAGGAUCUGUGUUGCGUCGAUUACCAUAUCUUCUGAAAAUCAACACGGUAAACAACCAUAUCAGUUUCAAGCCAACAAGGCAAGCCACUAGUGGUAUUGUGCCUACAAUCUCCCGAGAAACUGCUGCGUCUCUUCGUUCAUCAGUUGAACCAUCAUCAAAAGCUCGUCGCUGGAAGUACGAUGUGUUUUUCAGUUUCCGGAGAGAAAACAGGGUAUACAAUCUUGCUUUGUCUACAAAGCGUCGGCUGCAAGGACGUGGAUUUAAAACAUACAUUGGUUUGCUUAGAUGUAAGAACUUGGUUUUGAAGAAUCUUCCUAUGUUGUAUGGUCCGAGUGCUACUACUGUUGAUAUUAAGUGUCCUUCAUUGGAACACUUGAUCGUGGUGGAUUGCGGCCAUAUUUCAUUUUCAAUCACUUAUUACUCUCUCUUCCACUCCAGCAGGAGCCGGUUUGAAUUUUCAACCUCCGCUUCUGACUACUUUGGCAGGACGUACCCAGUCCAACUUAAUGUUCUACUUUUUAAGUGGCAGAGCAUCUAGUUUCCAACCGUGAAGUCUCUCAAAUGGCCGGCUCACUUGCAAUGGCAAGUCAAACUCUAUUUCUUUGUCCAGGGGUCAUCUAGCUGAGGCUGCAAAUCCAAUUGAGAAGCUUUGCUGAUCAUGACUUUCAAAACAGCCAGAGAGAUUGUAACAGCUAUUCUAGGAACCUUGGGGAGUGAAAGAGAUCAGUUGACAUGCUUGACCAUGAUUUGAUUUGAUUCUUGCCGCUGGUAUUUGUAAAUAAAAUUGUUAAAAAAAAUUCAAGGAUACUGUCCUUGAAGGUGUUUCUUAUGUCAUUCCCAAUAGUAGUACCGUUACUGAUAAAAUUUUAUGUAUUACCUUACAUGGUUUGGUUCGUGUGCUUCCUUAUU